AUGAUAACACCUUCAGAUUUGCCGAACUAUCAGCAAUCAAGUGUCGUUCUGUCAAUGAACGACACUGGCCGAUGUGUGGUCAGUGCUGACAAAGCUAGCCAUUACUGCGGAGAUAUAGAAGUGACAGCGCCACCAUUUCCUCCUCCCGAUGCUGGUCAGUGUCAUUUUUCGAGUGAAAGUGGCCGUGAGAUUUGUUGGCCACGAUACGAGGAUUUAGACACGACAUGCACCGAUGUAGGAAGUGGAAUGGUUUCGGCACCCGUUAUCAAACAUGCUGCUAUUCGUGCUAUGGCAUUCGUACCGCCAGAUAAUCUCCGACGUCUUGUGCGACAGUACUACCGACAAAAAGGUUUACCCAUCCCAAGAAAUACAACAUUUAGCAAGAAUUCAUUCUUAUUUGCAUUAUACGAAUGCGAUGAAGGGUACGAAUUUGUGGAUGAAGUGAAUUCCAUGUUUUGCAUUAAUCGCCAAUGGGUUGUAACACCACCAAAAUGUCGUGGAAAAGGUUUAUGUGAAGUAGAUAAUGGUGGAUGUAGCCAUUCCUGUCUAUCAAUUGAAGAUCGAGAAGUGGAAUGCCGUUGUCCACAUGGACUGGUUCUUGACAGCGAUCAGAAAACUUGCAUCAAACCGAUCCCAAAGAAUCUGUGUCGCAUUCUGAACAGCUGUUCAUGUACGGCCAUUAAUGAAAACCAAUACUCAUGCACCUGUCCGAAAGGAGAAAAAUGCUUGCUGCUUCGCGGUAGACCAAAGAUUUAUAUUGAACCGGCAGCACCAUAUGAAAUAACACCGGGCGGAAAUUUAAAUAUUACAUGUUCUGCAGUUUCACAUCCAUUUCCACAGAUAUACUGGCAACGUGGUGAUGAAACAGUUGAUAUCGCACCGGUGAAACCAGGAACCGUUCGAAGUGAGCAAAUUCUGAUCAUCAAAGAACUUUACAAAAACACUCAGUUCACUUGUCAUGCCAAUAAUUCACUGGGAAAGGCGGAACGUACAAUUGAAAUCGUUGUCACUGGUCCCGGAUCAGCACCAACAGUUCGCGGUAUUGAUGCUGGCCGUUCAUCAGUUUACGUUCGAUGGGAUCCACCAGUAAUUGUGAAUCGACCGGUUACUUCAUAUACAGUUUAUUAUACAAACAAUGGUCAUCAACCAAUCAAAAACUGGAAGAAAGUAAAUGUUGAAGAACCAAACCGUGAGGUAACAAUCAAGGAUCUUCGGCCUAAUACGCAAUAUUUUAUCCGCUUGAGAGCAAACGAUAAACUAGGCCCAGGACGUCUCUCGAAUCCAGUUUCGCUUAAUACACGUAGACCAGCGGUACGACCGCAGCUAUUCAUUCAAGAGGGUGGCAUGAUAUACGUGGGUCCACUACAGCGAUUCAGCAUUAGUUGUAAUGUGACACGUGGAGAUCCGUCACCUAAAAUUGCUUGGUAUACGAGAGCUCGACCAAUCAAUAAAUCGCAAAGGAAAAAAUUUAUAACAAUGGAGCAUGGCGGUUUGUAUGAAAGCACAAAUUUCUCAUGUGUUGCUGAGAAUGAAGCUGGUCGAACAACAAAGAGAAUACAAGUCAUUGUAACGGGACCAACAUCUCCCGAACGGAUACGCUAUCAAAUUCAUGGUAAUAAUGUCGAUUUACAAUGGGAACCACCGCGUAUCACAAAUGGACCACUGAAGGAUUAUGAUGUAUUGUAUACAGACAAUCCGAACUUACCGGACGAAUAUUGGGAAGUUGUAAAAGCUGGAAGUCCAGAUGCACGUUCCGUACGGAUAUCGAAUUUGAAAGAAAGGAGAGAUUACACGUUCAAAAUACGAGCACACAACGAAUUGGGUCCUGGCCUUUUCAGCAAUCAAUUUACUCUAACAACUUGGCUUGCUGCUCGUCCGCCAACUGUAACGAUCAUUCCUGUUGAAAAGAUAGUGAAAAACCCGAGCAAUGAGGAACUCGUUUUUGAGUGUGAAGCUAUUGGUGUACCGAGACCAAAGAUACUGUGGCUUUGGAGCGGUGGCUUAGUCGAAGAUGGAAAGAACGAAUUUCGAAUUUAUGAUGUGACACCGCCAGAUGUGCAAGAUCGUUCUAACAGCAAAUUAAUUGCUGAGAAGACAAAUCGAGCUGGAGUAGCCACAUGUCAAGCCAUCAAUUCUCAUGGUUCGGAUGAAAAACGUACUGAAGUGAAGAUUCUUGGACCUGGAAGUCCACCUCGAGACAUUUCGACAGUUCCAUUUACAAACGACUUUAAAGUCUCUUGGAAUCCGCCAAAAUAUCCAAACGGGAAGAUUAUACAUUAUAUUAUUUACUAUACGAAAAAUCCAGACGAUAUUCUGGAGGAUUGGGAGAAAACAACUGUAGAAGGUGAUCAGCUGGAGGUAACUAUAUCAGCAGAUGAGGAUACGCCAUACAAUGUGAGGGUACAAGCUGUUACUAAGGAUGGUCCUGGUAUCAUAUCAGAAGCGUAUGAUGUUACUACUGGCAAAAAACCAGUUCCGCUUUUUGUAAAACUGGUCAUAUUGGAUCCUCAAGUAGAGGAAAGUGAUACGGAGACAGUCGUAGAGCCGCUAAAGACGAUUAUAUUUAAAUGUGAUGCGAAAGGAAGACCAGCACCUCAGAUUUCAUACACUUGGCUUCCAUUCAAUGAAACCGAAAGCGGACAGCAACCAAUACCGAUCCCGGCUUAUUCGGAUCCACAAGAAGCGCACCGAUACCAUUCGCUGGAUAUGAACACUAAUACAGCUACUAAACGUGCGUUAAUGUGCAAUGCUCGAAAUACAGAUGGUUCUGUGAGCGACCGACACAUUUUCAAUGUUCUCAAACCAGGCAGCCCACCAGAACAUAUUCAGGCAAUCAUUGAUACGGACAAUCGUGUCACAAUAUCGUGGCAAGAACCAAAAUAUCCUAAUGGACCCAUUGUAAAAUAUAAAGUGUAUGUGACGUCCGAUCCGGGUGAACCGAUCAGUUACUGGAACAUCUAUGAUGUUGAACCGAGUGAAGCGCCACGUUUGGUACUGGAACGUGGUAAAUUACAACCAGAAACACCGUAUUAUUUAAGGGUUGCAGCAGUCGGUCAAGAGGGCGAAGGCUUACAGUCUGAUAUCGUUUUAUUUGAAACAGUUAGUGGAGCACCAAUCGAUGCGCCCAAGGAUGUGCUGGCAACAGUGGAGCAGGACAACACUAUGGAUAUAUCUUGGACAGGACCAAGUGCUUACACGGUCUACUUCACUCCGUUGGAUCAGUAUCAAACAUCGGAUGAUGCUUACAAACAAUGGGAUAAAAUUAUCGUUCAAAGCAAUGACAAUUUUGGAACCUUACGCUUGAAUAAAGAUGCCCACGACAUUCUGCCCAAUCGAUUGUACCGAGUUCGGGUGUCUGCAACUAACGACCUAUCGGAGGGUCCAGCAAGUGAAUCUGUAACAGUCAGGACAGAAAGUGGAGAAACACCCCCGAUAAUAUUUCUGGAACCGGCUGAUAAUCCAGUCACCGUAGCACCGUAUGGUUCAAUAUCUGUGCGAUGCACUGCAACAGGAAUACCGCCACCUACCAUUAUGUGGAUUAUUGGUACAAAUGCUAGUGACGUCAUACGAGGAUCAGUCCUUCAAUUAACCAAUCUCCGGAAGGAUGAAACUGCAACUUGCAUGGCUGAAAAUAACGCUGGACAAGUUCAAGAAGUGUUGCAAAUACUUGUAGCUGGACCUGGAACUCCACCAAACGAGAUUGUCGCUUUUCCUCUAGAAAAUCAACAAGCAAACAUAGAGUGGACGACGCCGGACAGUCCGAACGGACGAAUUACUGAUUACGUUAUUCAUUACGGCGAAGUUUUUAAUGGAGAAGCUCUUCCACGUAUCUGGGAAGCUGUACGAGUAUCAGCUGAAGAACCACAAAAGUAUCGUCUUGCUGGAUUAAAACCAAAAACUAAUUAUGCGAUUCGACUGCAAGGGAUCAGUGAUCGUGGACCGGGUGUUUUAUCCGACCCGAUCAAAAUAACAACGCUACCACUAGCGCCUGCUAUUGUCCAACCAGCUGAUAUAAAAGUCCAUGAAAAUAAUACUGUUGCUAUCCAGUUCGAUGCACCGAGGGAUCCUGAAGAUCCAGGAAAACCCAUCAAGGAAUUCGUUAUCCACUAUACAGAUGAGGAUCCAUCGAGUGAAAGUGCGCAAUGGAGAGAAGUGUUUUGGACGGAACCAGAUGACGACUUUUCAGUUAGCAUUCCCAUCGGCGGCGAACAUUUCAAGCCAGAUACCAAGUAUUCAAUCAAAAUAACAGCUCGCGGCGAAAUCGACAGCCCACCGUCGGAGCCAAUUGUCUUUCAAACGGGAGAUGGAAUUAUUCCGCCAGAAAAACCACAAAUCAAUGUUGAUGUACCAGAUAACGUGAUACGUGUACCAGCUGGUAGUGAUUAUACAGUUGGCUGUUCAUCAAGCGGAUUUCCCGCCCCCCGAGUUUUUUGGCCUCUCAGCGAUGGACCGAUGCUGAGAUUACAAGAUGUAAAAGAAACCGUACAAACAAAAUGUGUUGCUGAAAAUAAAGGUGGACGAGCUGAAACUCCGUUUGAAAUUUUCGUCACUGGUCCUGGGAAUGCACCAAGUAACAUUCGCUUAAAUUCGGUAAAACCGCGUACUAUUUAUAUUGAUUGGGAACCACCAACGAUACCGAAUGGAAAUAUUACUCGUUAUAUUAUUUAUUACACUCCUCUUGAUGAUCAGAAUAUAGUUUAUCAAAUGGGACAAAUUCCAAAAAAGCCAAUAACCGAAUGGAUGACAUCCCAUAAAGAUAACGAACCACUGACUGGGGUGCCGCAGCGGGCUGACCUAGUAGAUUUUGUUGAACCGGAUACUGCUUAUGCUGUGGUGCUACAAGCUGUCAACCAGGAUGGACCCGGACCAUAUUCCGAGCAACAUACCAUCCGAACGAUGUCACGCGCUCGAGAGGGUCCACCGCUUGACCUAAGGGUUGAACCAGAAAGUCAGCGAUCGGCAAAUGUUGAAUGGCAUAGGCCAAUUACUAGCGAACAACCACCGAUUGGCUAUGAAUUGUAUUACAUUAAAGCAGACACUAAAAUCUGGGAAAACGAUUUAGCUAGCAUCGACGACUGGUAUGCUUUUCGAUUGAGGAAAACUGUGAGAAACGAUAAAUUGAGGCCUUCUGAAGUAAAUUCUUUUGUGGUUAAGUUAAGUUUCACGAACGAAGAUUUGGGAAGGGUUCUGUCCACGCUUGCCGCAAAUGCUACAAAUGUGAGUGUAUUUCUCGAGCCUACGCAAUAG